CAGGGAGGUAAUUUUUUUAUUUCCAAAUAAUCAAACAAAAUUCCUUCCACAAUGUCCCUCGUAUCUGGACCCGGCCGUGCCGGCCUCUCUACCGCUUCCCUCCCGACCGAGCUGCGGCUCUCGGUCGCUGCACAUGUGAAAUACAUCCAAGCCCUGGACAACCGCAAAGACGAGCUCGAAUACCACCUCACGACACACCUUCGCCUCAACGGGGUAUACUGGGGUCUCACAGCACUACAUCUCCUUGGCCACCCCGACGCGCUGGACCGCUCGCAGGUCAUCGAUUUCGUGCUUCAAUGCCAGGGUGAGAACGGGGGGUUCGGAGCCGCACCGGGCCACGACCCGCAUCUGCUGUCCACAGUCAGCGCGGUGCAGGUGUUGGUUAUGUGCGAGGGGCUCGGGGAGCUGGAGGCGCGGGGAAAGAACGGCGGCGGAGCGCUGGGCGUGGGGCGGUAUCUGGCUGGCUUGCAGGAUCGGAAGACGGGGACGUUCAGAGGAGAUGAGUGGGGCGAGGAGGAUACCAGGUUCUUGUAUGCGGCAAUGAAUGCCCUGUCGUUGUUGGGUCUCCUGCAUUUAAUUGAUGUGGAGAAGGCGGUAGCCUAUAUCGUCAGCUGUGCGAAUUUUGAUGGUGGGUAUGGUGUUUCGCCGGGUGCCGAAAGCCAUGCGGGUCAGAUAUUUGCAUGUUUGGCGGCAUUGAGCAUUGCGGGCAGACUUGAAGUGGUAGAUCAGGGAAAGCUGGGGAGGUGGUUGAGUGAGAGGCAAGUUGAAAGGGGUGGAUUAAACGGUAGGCCAGAGAAGCUGGAGGAUGUUUGUUAUAGUUGGUGGGUGGCGAGUAGUCUGAAGAUGAUUGGGAAGUUGCAUUGGAUCCAGGGAGAGAAACUGACGAAGUUCAUCCUGGAAUGUCAGGAUACUGAACAAGGUGGCUUUGCGGAUAGACCGGGGGAUAUGGUAGAUGUUUUCCAUACCGUUUUUGGGCUUGCAGGUUUGAGCUUAUUGGGGUACCCCGGGUUGGAGGAAGUGGAUGCUGUAUAUUGUAUGCCAAGGAAGGUCAUCGAGCAAGUUCUUGGACCACGGGAGGAGAUACCUAUAGAGUAAUUAAUGCACGUUGCCCAAGAACGGGCAUGCAUCAUAAGCCAGAUCAAGUGAAGUCUGCACAUCUAAUGGUAACGCCCCCCUACUUUUCCUUGUAGAUCUCAUCAUCCUUUCUCCCCUCAAUCAUUCGUCAAUUCGAAUCCCGAGUCGCGGGAUACCUCCUGCCAUCUAAUAACCUACUACCGAUACAUCAUGGUUGGAGGAUACAAGGCAGGAGAAAAGAGAAGUCAUCGGCCCAUGAGGGUAAGCAGGCGUAGCAAGACCCUGACUACUUCAAAUGCUGGUGAUACAGGUGCGUUGCUUUGCUUCCUAGGUAGCUCGAGGGUACAUUUUCUGUCUCUUUUUGGAUGCUUCGCAAGUAUAGAUGUUGUUUAGAGAAUUGAAAGCUCUGAUCGGUCUCUCCUAUUUUACCCUACCU